AAGCAGCACUCAGGACUCUCUCAGGACUUCUGUUGGUGUUGAUAUUAGGAGGACACAGUACCAUGCAACACAUCUCUGACUUCAAACUGCAUCUGAGCAUGCCCCGCUCCCCUCAGACAGCUGACUCAUACCAGCACGGCUGCAUCAGGAUGACCCUGGAGAGCGCUGAUCUCUGGAAGUCCUUCCACAGCAGCGGGACAGAGAUGAUAAUAACAAAGCAUGGAAGGAGAAUGUUUCCACACUGCAGCAUCAGACUCUCAGGGCUCCAACCUUUUGCUAAUUACGUCGUCAUGAUAGAUAUGGUUCCUGCAGACAGCUUCAAAUACAGGUGGAAAAAGGAGCAUUGGGAGGUGGCGGGGAAGUCAGAGCCCCAGCCCCCGUGUCGGACAUACAUGCACCCAGACUCCCCUGCCCCAGGAAGUCACUGGAUGAAGCAGCCAUUGUCUUUUCUCAGGAUGAAGCUCACCAACAACACCUUGGACCAGCACGGCCACAUCAUUGUGCACUCCAUGCAUCGCUACUACCCCAGGUUUCACAUCACCCAGGCAGACAGUCCUUACACCGUCCGCUGGGGCCCCUUCCAGACCUUCUCCUUCCCAGAGACCACCUUCACUACAGUGACCGCUUACCAAAACCCAAAGAUCACCAAAUUGAAGAUCGACCACAACCCAUUCGCUAAGGGAUUUAGGGAAGGAGGCACUCAUUCCCACGGCAAAAGGUGUCAUUCCAACAGAAGCUCUCCUGUGAAAAGAGCCCGACGGGAGAGGGAAGAUCUUUGCACCAGUCCUCCAGGCCUGCAGAGGAUGCCCUCCACCUCUCAGUCAGUGAAGGCGGGGAAGGAUGAGCAGCCCUUGAAGGAGCAUGACCUUUCAGCCUGUUCAUCGGAGCAGGAGAGUGUCCACACCGAGCCCCUGGAGCCGCAGGAGUACGACUACAGCUGUGAAGAACAGAUGGUGCCUGCGUCCGUGCCAUACCAGCCCUACAGAUCUCUGGAGUACGCCAGAUAUCCGCUGCAUUCCAAUGACGUAGAUGCAGCACACUCUCUCCUCCACCCUCCACAUCAUCCACUCUCCACAGCUGAACACACCUCCCAACAACAUGGCUACUACCAUCAUCCUCACCACCACAGCCAGGCUGGGGAUUGGAGCCAGUAUCCGCUCUUCUCCUACUCUUGUUAG